CGCAAGCAAGUAAAUUUCCAGUUCUAUAGCGGCUGGAUGGGCAAUGAAUGGCACACCCGGAUGGCGGAAGUUGCGCGGUACUAUGAGCCUUAUGUGCACAUUCACGAAUGCAGCGUGAAGUUAUUCGUACCGUAAAACACACUGUCUUGUUAUCAUCAGUUUUACAGCGUAAGGUCAAACAGUUGAGGAGGAGGAACGGAUGAAUUAGGGACUGAAGAGCGGGCAGGCAUCUGCGAGUGGAAUAUCUGUGCUUCCAAAAGAUACAGUUAUGACUCCAUCAGUGCGUUUGCAGGAAAUGAUCCGGGUGAUCCGGAGUGCACGAACCCAGUGUGAAGAGAGGGGCAUCAUACAAAGAGAGUGCGCGGAUAUCCGGGCGCAGUUUCGCCAGAGUGACAAUGGGGAGCGUUCGCACAGCCUGGCCAAACUACUUUAUGUGCACAUGCUGGGCUACCCUGCACACUUUGGCCAGAUGGAGUGUGUUCGCCUGAUUGCGAGCACCAGGUACAAUGAGAAGCGGAUUGGUUACCUGGGAGCCAUGAUGCUCCUGGAUGAAAAGCAGGAUGCUAGCUUACUGAUUACCAACUCAAUCAAGAAUGACCUUUCCCACAGCAGCCAGUAUGUCCAGUCUCUGGCUCUAUGCACUCUGGCCUGUAUGGGUUCAGGUGAGAUGUGUCGAGAUCUGGCACCGGAGAUCGAACGGCUGCUCAGGGCCUCUAACUCUUACAUAAAAAAAAAGGCCACCUUGUGUGCUGUCCACAUAAUACGAAAAGUUCCAGAGCUUGGAGAGCUGUUCACUCCUUCAGCAAGGUCUCUACUCUCUGAGAAGAACCAUGGGGUUUUGCAUGGUGCUGUAGUUCUUAUCACUGAAUUGUGUGAGCGGAAUCGUGAUACUCUUGGUCAGUUUCGCAAGGCUGUUCCUGAACUGGUCCAGAUUAUGAGAAGUCUUGUAACUUCCAGUUAUUCUCCAGAGCAUAACGUAGCUGGUAUCUGUGACCCCUUUCUACAGGUGCGCAUUCUUAGGUUGUUAAGGAUUCUUGGUCACAAUAAUGACACCGCUAGUGAUGCCAUGAAUGAUUUGCUGGCACAGGUGGCAACAAAUACUGACAGCAGUAAGACUGCAGGUAGUGCUGUGCUGUAUGAAACAGUCCUAACUAUCAUGGACAUAAACUCGGAGAGUGGGCUAAGGGUGCUAGCUGUAAACAUUCUGGGGAGGUUUCUUCUUAAUAAUGACAGGAAUAUUCGCUAUAUAUCAAUGACUUCACUCCAGAAGAUAGUGCAGACGGAUCAUAAUGCAGUGCAGCGGCACAGAGGCACCAUUGUGGACUGCCUGAAAGAUCAAGAUGCCUCUGUGAAACGUCGUGCUUUGGAACUCUCACUUGCCCUUGUGUCGGCUGUGAACAUUCGUUCCAUGAUGAAAGAGCUUCUUAUUUUUCUUUCAACCUGCCCCCCAGAGCUGCGAUCUCAAACCGCUUCUGGCAUCUUCAACGCUGCUGAAAGGUAUUCCCCUUCUAAGCGCUGGCACAUUGAUACCAUCCUGCAUGUGCUCACUACGGCAGGGGGUGAUGUAAGAGAUGAGACCGUUCCGAACCUAAUCCAACUUAUCACUACUGCGUCUGAACUCCACAGUUACACUGUUCACAAGCUCUAUAGAGCACUAGUAAAAGAUAUUUCACAGCAAUCCUUGGUUCAGGUAGCAUGCUGGUGCAUAGGAGAAUAUGGAGACCUGCUGCUGAAGGGAGAGUGUGAGGAGAUGGAACCUGUACAGGUUAAGGAGGAGGAUGUCCUGGAUGCCUUGGAAACAGUUCUUCAGUCUCACAUGUCAUCGCCAACAACCAGAGGCUUCGCACUCACUGCUACCAUGAAGCUGAGCACUCGCAUCACAGAAAAUGUAGACCGAAUCAGAAGUAUUGUCAGCAUCUAUGGCAGCUGCAUUGACUUAGAACUUCAGCAGAGGGCAGUGGAAUAUAAUGCCCUCUUCAAGAAAUAUGACCAUAUGAGAGCUGCAGUGUUGGAGAGAAUGCCCGUGAUGGAUAAAAACUCACCUGACCACACCAAUGGAGACACAGCUGUAGAGACUAUUAAGGAGCCUGACGCACCCAAACCUACAGUUUUGCCCUCUGAACCAGCAAGCCAGGUGUGUGACCUUCUGGGUCUUCUGUGUGAGACUGAUAUAACUCUUCAGUCCAGCCCAGCCCCAAUCAGCACUCCACCAACAUCUACCUCUAAUGCUGGAGAUAUUCUUGACCUGCUUGGAGAACUGGAGCUUACAGCAGUUCCUGCUGUGACUGUAUAUGAGAAGAACGGAGUGAGUCUGAAACUACAAUGUGACAAACAAAUGGACACGGAUGUCACUGUCACCUUUAUUGCUUCCAAUUCCUCACUGAGUGACAUCACCAACUUUACCCUCCAAGCAGCAGUACCUAAGAGUGUUAAGCUGCAAAUGAAAGCUCCAAGUGGUAAUGUGAUUCCAGCACGAGGCCUUGGUCAAGUCACACAGACUGUGUUACUCAACAACCCUAACAAGGUGAGCCUAAAGAUGCGGGUUCGAAUGUCUUACUCUAAUCAGGGCAUGAUGUGUCAGGACACAGUACAGAUUGACUCCUUUCCAAGCCCUGCCUGGAACUGUCAGCCAUCAAUCAGUCCCUUGUGACAGACCUACAUGAGUCUAGUCUACCCUGGGGACAAUCUCCAUGACAGUCUCUCCCAUUUAGAAGGAAAUUUACACAGUCUGGCAGCUGUCUAUCAUCCUCUUUAUUAUUACACCUUUGGCAAAUGUGACGUUAGUUAUUUGUUUUAUUAGUCAAAGACUUUUAUUGCAGUGGAUGAGAGAUCUAUGAACUGCCGACUGUCCCAGUACAGAUUUGACAAAACAGAUUUAUAUGUGUAUGAAGUGUUAUCUUGGUUUGAAUUGUGGAGAACAAAGUGUGAUUUUUAUGUGCUUUUUUGUUAUUGCACAAGAGUAAACACAUAAACUAAUGUACUCUAUCUUUAGAUAAGCUCCUUUAUGCUAACGCUAAAUGGUAACUAUACCAACACUUAUAUUUCAAUGGCUUAGGCCAUCUUGCAAUGGCUAAAAUGAUCAACCUACGCUGCGUUUCCACUGACGCGUUAGAAAUCCGCUCAUUGCCACUCACAACACUAGGGAACAGCUUGCUCUGCGCCGCUGUCAAUCCCACAAUCCACCUUACAAGCGUGGCACUCAGCUUCCAUAGGAAUGCAUUGAAACAGACCUUCGUUCGCAACACGCCGGUGGGUAGGUACUGUUAUUGGGAUAGUUCAACCAAAAUUUUUAAUUCUGUUCAGUGGAAUUCUUUCGGUUUCAUUCCAUCUUUUGUCCGUUCCAUAAAAGUGAAGAAAGGAAGCCAUUCAGGUUUGGAAUAACAUGAGGGUGAGUAACUCAUGACAGAAAAAAUGUAUGUGAAUUAUCCCUUUAAUCCCUUUGCAAGCAGAUAUGUGUGUAUAUAACAUGAGUUGUGAUCACAGCUCAUCUCCAAAUGCCUUACUGUUACAAUCAUGUCUUUCUCGACUCUGUCACAUCUCAGGAUAAUGACCGUGAAUGUGGACUCAACAAAUUCACAUUACCAUCUCAUGUACUUAUAAUGUUCUAAUGAUACCCCUUAAAGAGCCCCCGAAAUCAAAAUUGGACUUUUGUGACUUUGUCUAAGCAUAUUGGCUUUAAUGCCUUUAACUACUUAAAGUGGACAACAUUUUAUUUCUCUAAAAAUUAUUGAUAAUUCGUCUUGCAUUAUGUUUUCCAUUAUGAUUUAUUUAUCUUUCUGACAAACACUAUACAAUAUUGUGUGUGUGUCACACUGUACAUCCCAUAUAAGGUAUUGCAAUUAACAGAAAGAUGAUAUUCAGUUUCAUUAGUCUCUAAGGGAAUAAAAUUAUUUAUAUUUGAGAACUAGAUGGAGAAGUUUCUCCAUUAAGUUCUGAGAGCCAGAAUAUUAAUGAUAUGACACAGGUGAACUUUACAUUUAUUUUCCACUAUAAAUGAGUCUUUGCUGUUGGGAUGGAAUACCCUCAUUUUCUUCCUCCCUAUCUUUGAUUCUCACCUUGUAUGGAAAAAGAGGAAAACAAUAUCCAGUAAUAUCACAGAUACAAAAAUAUGUGUAAUAUUUUAUUUGCAGUAUUCAUAGCUUGUCUGUGGGCUCCAUGUAAUUUAAAAAAAAAUAUUUUGCUUGUGAGUGACUGACACAAAAGGGAGAACCAGCUAUCAGUACAAAUCAACAAAUGUAAAAAUAUAUUCUGGAUUUUUUUUUUUGGCAGGAUUUUAAACCUUUAAGAAGUGUCUGGCUUUUAUAUGUAUCCUCAUACAGAAAUAAAUGGUGUUGACUUUGGCAUGUACUAAUUUGGAGGAAUGCUUGGGAUCAUUGUCCAUAAUGAAGACCCAUUUGCGACUGGGCUUUAACUUCCUGGCUGGUGUCUUGUGGUGUUGCUUUAAUAUAUCCACAUAAUUUUCUUUCCUCAUGAUGUCAUCUAUUUUGUGGAGUGCACCAGUCCCUCCUGCAGCAAAGCACCCCCACAACAUGAUGUUGCCACUAUGCUUCACGGUUGGAAUG